GCGAAAAUCACAAACAAGCAUAUGCAAAAUUCAUUAAAAAUUACACGACCUUCAAUAACACCACAAGAAUAUGCAAGAUUAGCUUCAAUAUACAAAGAAUUUAUUACUGGAAGAAACGGAGAAAUGCCAAGUGGAAUAGCUAGUCAUGAAAUUGGGCAAAGGUCUACAUUGUGCUAA